AGAGAGAGCCUCAUCUUCUUCCGUCCUUCCCAAUACCCCCCCAGAGAAUCGUCCAUACCCAUCUCUGGCCGUCCGUUUUUUCCUUAUGAAAUUUGGGAAGGAGUUCACGACCCAUCUGGAGGAGACCCUGCCGGCGUGGAGGGACAAGUUCCUCUGCUACAAGCCCCUCAAGAAGCUCCUCAAGCGCUUCCCCCCCUCCUCCUCCGCCGCCGCCGCCGAUGACUCCCUCCCUCCCCACCUCGACCUCGCCCCCGACCCGAACCCGAACCGAGGGGGGCCCGAUCCGGGCGAUGAUGUCGGGCGCGAGGGCGGCGGCAACGACGCCGUGGGCGGGGCCCUGGUGGACCUGCAGGAAUGGUUCGUCAGCAUCUUGAACGAAGAGCUCGACAAGUUCAAUGAUUUCUACGUCGACAAGGAGGAAGAGUUCGUCAUCCGUUUUCAGGAAUUGAAGGAAAGGAUAGAGCAAGUUAAAGAAAAAAGUAGCAAAGCUGGCACCUCUACAUCAAAAAGUGAGUUUAGUGAACAGAUGAUGGAAAUCCGCAAGGACUUUGUCACAAUCCAUGGGGAGAUGGUGCUUCUUAAAAAUUACAGCUCCCUUAAUUUUGCAGGCCUUGUUAAGAUCUUGAAGAAAUAUGACAAAAGAACAGGAGGCGUAUUGCGUCUGCCAUACACUCAGCUUGCUCUCGAUCAACCCUUUUUUACAACGGAAUCACUCACGAGGCUAGUACGGGAAUGUGAAGAGAAUCUUGAACUCCUCUUCCCUCUGGAAGCGGAAGUUAUUGAAUCAAGCCCAGCCACUGGCAACCCAUCAAACCAACCAAUGAAUGACACUACUGAUGUCCCGACAGAGCCAUCCUUGACACUUGGGGAGGAAACCAUGGACAUUUACCGGAGCACCCUUGCUGCAAUGAGAACGAUUCAAGGCCUCAAGAGGGCGAGCUCUACCUACAAUCCACUAUCCAUGUCAUCCUUCUAUAUGAGACAUGAUGAUGAAAGUAAUGGCGCUGUGACCUCCGAAGACUCGGCCUCGAAUUCCCCUUGCACGGUGCAGAAUGGGGAGGACACUGAUCGGGAGGACGCAGAUGGGUCCCUCUAAUCCAGUGAAGUUAAUUUUAUUUGAUUUCGGAGAACUAAUGGAGUUGAAUAAUCGCGCUAAUGUGAGCAGCGUGAAGACACUAACUGCAAUCAAUGCGAGCGAAUGACAAGGCACUGUACAGCCCAUAGGCACAGCUUCUGCAGUUGAUGUAAUUGAGCUUCUUCAAGUACACUUUCUGGAGGGUUUGCUCUUGGUAUAAGCCAUGGGAAGUUUGCUUUGCAUUAAAUGUGGCUUGUGUUCUUGAAAAUUUUAAGCAUAGGAAGUGUCGAGCCUUUGAUUAGUCGACCGGUAAGCUUGUAAUUUUGUUUUGCUCAUCAGGUAAAUCAAGAAGUUUAGUUGCUGAGAA